AUGGACGGCAACUUAUCACGUUUUUUUGAAGAUAGAAAAUCUGUGCCAGAAGGUGCUAGUACUACAGAACCCCAGCUGACAAGUGCACUAUGGAAAAAAAUUAUUCAGGAAAAUCCUUUAGAUAUUAAAAGUACUUCUGUGUAUAAUGAAUAUAGUUUAACGGAUGUUAGAAGUGACCAUAUUCAAGGAUAUAGCCAAGAGGUUAAAGCAAGUGAACCAGUGACUCAAGCAACAUGUUUUCAUGAAUGCGAUAGAAACACAAGUACCCCAUUAUCAAACUUUGAUAUAAGCACAGUGUUACACAGAAAUGAGGUGGUUUUACCUCCUGAUCCUUUUAAGAAAUUGAAAGAUGCAAAUGAUAUCUGGGAAUCAAGUACACCAAGACAUUCAUUAUAUGUUGACCAACAUGGUAACAAUAUUCAAACAGCAAGUGAUAACACAAUUAACUUUGAUAGUUUAGAAAGUAACCAGAAUCAGAAUGACUCUGGUAUAUAUUUGGAUGUAGAGCAGAAGGAGAUACAAGGUGCGAGUAGCCUGUUAUUUUCAACGCAGUCUAUAAACAAUAUUUGGGGUGCACCUGGAAGUACCAGUAUCCAAGACCAUAAUACAUCAACAACAGAUAUUCAGCCACAGGAAUAUAGUAAGAUCAGUGCAACAGCAUGGGAUCACUUCCUCAGUGGUCAGCCAACAUUAAACACCAAAUAUAAUGUAGGAAGUGACAAUCACUUCUCUAAUUUGUCAAGCAGAAGUAGAUUCCAGAACCUCCAGUCCAAUUACAAUAACUUGACAUCACCAGUCAACACCUGUUUUCCAGUAUGCAGUCCUCAGGAUACAUUUCAGCGAUCUGAACCAGUAUUCUCACAGGAAAAUCAGCAACCAGAUUUAGUUUCACUUAUGGAGGAACUGUCUUUAAAUGAAACAUUUAAUUAUGGACAAGGAAACAACAGAUCAUGGUCUUCCCAACAUGCAAUGCAAAAAACUACAGGUUCCAUAACCUCAAUCAAGGGUUGUGUGUUUUGUAAAAACAACAAUUACCAUUCUACCUUUUAUAGGUCACAUUCAUUAAAGGAUGAUCGCGGUCAUUGCCAGUGUCCUGUACUAAGAAUGUAUGUCUGCCCUCUGUGCAAUGCUACUGGGGAUUCAGCACAUACCCUCAAAUAUUGCCCAAGGAAUACUGUAACCCAUGGAGAUCCAAUAUCAGCAGGUCUUCCCCCAGGCAAAGUUACCAAUUGGAGAGAGAUGGCAAAUCGAAUGAUAUUACGACGAAGGAAUAAUCAAUAA